CUGAAUGCCACUAAAGAAAGUUAACAAUGUCAAAUUCGUCUGGUGUUUGAAAAUAAUAUAAAAAGCAACAAUAUCUAUUUAUUAGUCAAACGUAGAUUUUGAAAUUACGAUUUGUAAUUCUAUUUGGGCAGCCUUUAAUCUCUUCAUUCUACUGCCAUAGCGUGUAAUUAUGGCUGACGAUAUAGUCUUUGAAUUACUACAUUCCGAAAUAAUUAACUAUUCUUUAGAGCAAUCAAAAGAUAACAUAAAUGAGAAAAAGGAGGUGGAUCUUUCAGUAGUAGAGUAUAUUGGUUUUGCUGCUGGAUACAAAAUAAUGGAGAGACUGACAAGAGAAUGGCCCAGGUUUAAAGAUGAACUAGAUACUAUGAAGUUUAUUUGCACAGACUUCUGGACUUGUAUUUAUAAAAAACAAAUUGAUAACUUACGGACUAACCAUCAAGGUGUUUACGUCUUGCAAGAUAAUGCUUUCCGAUUCCUGACGAACUUCUCGAACGGCCACCAGUACUUGGAAUUUGCUCCCAGAUAUGUUGCAUACACUUGUGGACUGAUCAGAGGAGGUUUGGCUAACUUAUGCAUCAAUAGUGUUGUCACCGCUGAAGUUCAAGCUAUGCCAUCCUGUAAAUUUCAUAUACAUGUUCAAAGAGCUUAAGAAGAAACCCUGUAAUUACCUGUAUAUCUGUACAUCAAUAAUCUAGUAAAUGUUAUCACUGUCUUAUAUUAAUUAAAAAAAGAAAAUUGCAUCAUUA